AUCACGUCUCGGCGUUUAAUGUCGAUUCGGUCGAUCGGUGCUAGCUAGUAGCUGCUGAGGCGUUAGCUCGCGGGCUAGCGGUGCAAGCUGAAGUUUGCCUUUCGUGCCCAUUGGUUUGGUAGUUGGGUUAGCGAGCACAGCCUCGUAUCUUAACCUCCGUGUGCACGUUUUAUGCUUCCUGACAACGUCGUAUCGUUUGAGCCAUUGGACCAUCCGACCUGCUAGUGAAAGUGCCAUUGACCCGGGACAGCCAGGCGCUCACCAACAAGCUCUGCUAUGGGCAAAAAGUCUCGCGAAGAAGACUCCUCGUCAUCUGAUGAGGAAGAGUAUGUUGUGGAGAAGGUGCUGGACAGGAGGGUUGUGAAAGGCAGGGUCGAGUUCUUCCUCAAGUGGAAAGGAUAUUCAGAAAAACACAACACCUGGGAGCCAGAGAAGAAUCUGGGAUGUCCUGAGCUCAUUUCAGAAUUCAUGAAGACCUACAAGAAGAGCAGCAGCAGCAGCAGCGGCGGCGGUGGCGGCGGAAGCUCCACGCCGAGCAGCGGGGGCAGCAAGUCGCUCACAGCCUCCUCUGGUCGCUCCAAAGACUCCAGUAGCUCGAAGAAGAGAAGCUCUGACGACGACGAGGAGGAGGAAGAAGAAGAGGGUGGAAGUAAGCCCAAAAAGAAGAAAGAGGAGGACAUUCUAGUUGCACGUGGCUUUGAGAGAGGACUGGAGCCGGAGAAGAUCAUCGGAGCAACUGACUCCUGUGGAGACCUAAUGUUUCUUAUGAAGUGGAAAGACUCUGAUGAGGCCGAUCUUGUGCUCGCCAAGGAGGCCAAUCACAAGUGCCCACAGAUUGUCAUAGCCUUUUAUGAGGAGCGUCUCACCUGGCACGAAGACAGCGACAAGAAGGAGAAGGACGCGGUCACGGCGUGAGGGCGUCGCCCCGGGAGGCACAGCGGCAGGGACAGCCUUGAGUCAGACAUUUUUCACACCCGAACCUCCCCGUCUUUGCCUCGUCACCGUGUCCCAACAAAGACAGCGAACACGGCCGCGUUAUCUCCAUCUGUCCCCCCCCCCCCCCCGUUCUCACUGGAGCACAACGGCCCCACGCUGCGCAGCAGGAUCCAUCAGACAGGAGGGGGGGGCUGUAGCAGACGUGGGUGACGUUGCUACUGGGCCUCUGCUGUUCCGUCUUUGUGUUCUUUACUGUCCUUCCCCCCCCCCCCCCCCCAAUGUCUUUAACACAUCAUAUUGUAGUGCUGACAGAUGACGGUGGUGUUGGUGAGGUGUGUUGCAUCCUUAAGCACAUGUGGCCAUCUGUCGUAAAACUGGGAAUUCUUAAGUCAACGGAGCAUCAUCAUUUGGUCUGUAGAGUCGGUGCAUUUUUUUUGCUUGAACCCUCUAACACCUUUUUUUUAGAGGAUAAAACUGUAGUAUUAAACGUUGAGGAAGAAACCACCGCAGCGCUCUCCUGACUGCAUAUCACAUCCUUUUUGAAAAUAAACCUUAUCUCUUCUAGAGUUUUCAGUUCAUCAUGUCUACUGGUACAUAACUACAAAAGUUGCAGAAGCCACCGGCCAAUUAAGUCAUGAUUUUUGAAUGAUAUCCUUGUUGAUUUUUUUUUUAAAAGAAAUUGUUUUUAAUGUGCGAAUGUGGUGUGGUGUUUUUUUUAUAUAUUUCUUUACCCUCUCACUAGUUCAAGAAACGAAAAUUAAAUUUUUGCUCACUUUGAAAUGUUUUUUUGUUUACUUUUUAAAUAUUUUGCAUUGUUAUCUUUGGACCAGUCUCAUCUUCACAGGUUAGACUAUCGUCACUGUCCACAUGAAGUGAAACCAGCAUCAGUCACCUGUCAUCGGGGGAAGGGGGGGGGGGGGUCUGCCACCUUGUGGCUACACAGUGAAUAUCUUUUUGACCAAGUGACUGAUCUCUGAUGACAAACCUACAGUUUUAAUGAUGUAAUGGAUGUUGUUAGUAAGUGAUACCUUGACUUUUAUUUAAAGUUUUUUUUUUUUUUUUUAACAGUUAGAGGGUAAAAAGAAAUCUACGAAAUUACAGUAUUUGUUGUUUUAUCUUUGUGUUGUUAAUUUGAAAUAUUAAAAGCAGUUUCUAAUUGGUCAA